UACCUGGCACCGUCGAUACCCUUCGUGUGGCGGCUCACAGCAGUCGCCCAUCAUGGUGCUGUUCGCGCAGUCCGAGUACAAGUACUUCGAUCCCAUCCAGUUCUUCAACUACGACUCGUACUUGCAGCUCGACAUCGAGAUGGUCGGCACGACGCUGUUCUUCUACCCGUUCGGCCUGGACCUCGGUGUGUUCGGCGGGCCCCUGCAGGUGCAGUACAGCUUCUUCAUGGGCACCAUACACUUCGGCCAGGGACGAGACUCGGGCUCAGAGCACCUCAUCGAGAAACAGGGCUACGCCGCCGAGGUGCAGCUAAUUCACAGCACAGAGCUUACGAGCGAUAACGACUGUCUCAAGGAAGCCAACGGUCUGCUAGUGCUUGUCAUACUUUUUGAGGAGACUAGCGACGACAACGAGGACCUGGCUCCGUUCCUGGACGCCAUCCAGGAGCUGCACGGCGACGAACAGGGCCUGCACACGACCACCGAGUUCCUGAUGUCGUCUCUGAUACCCCGCUCCACGCUGGAGUACUACAUCUACCCGGGGUCCCUGUCCUUCCCGCCAUGCACCGAGCGAACCAUCAACGUCGUCUUCCAGAGGACCGUCCCAAUAGGCCAGAAACAGCUGGAGGAGAUGCGCAAGUUGCACUGGCGUCUGGGCGGGGACUCCUCGUGCACCGGCCUGCUGGCGGGCAACGUUCGGCCCAUCGCCGACGAAGGUGGCUUCGCCAAGUCGACGCGCACCGUAUUCCGCUCGUUCUUCUCGUACGCCUCCUCCUCCCCCUCGACGACCGCCUCGUGCCGCACCGUCGCUGCUCUAGCCGCAGUCGUGGCGGCGGCGUCAGCGUGCUCUCCGAGAACUCAACGUUGGCCGCUCUUCGUUUGAGCACGCCACGGACCUUGCUCUUACUUUUAUUUAAAAAGUUGCAUUUAUUCGCACUGCGGAGGACAUCGCUUGUCGUGGGUCCACGCAGAUCGUGAGCAUAUACGAAACGUGCUACGUGCGAAUCCCUUCGUUUCGUUCAUCGCGUACAUUGUUGUAGGAUGCCAGCUGAGUCAGAAAUAAUGCGCAGUCGAACUGAUGAGUAUGUGGUUCUCGAACUAACUGGACAUGUCGUAGCUACUUUUCUUGAUCGAUCGUUUUCCCUUUCGUGCAAGUCGUGUGCACAGAUAUGUGAAAUCAAUUUACCUGUUCACGUGCCUAAUAAAAUCGUACUUGUCAUCCGGCCUGCAUGCAAUACCAGGCUAAUGCGCAUGAUCGUUGCCGAUGAUUUACAGUUUGUUCCGGUUAUUGUUGGUCGGUGUACUUGUAACUGCGAGGUGACUGUCUCGCAUUACCGUUUGCGAAAGUUGCGGCGUUUCUUUUCACCGUACCAUUGCCUCUCAGGGACCCGGGGUAGCGUGAAUAUACGCCUAUAAUGCCGGUGCUCGGGACACUUUUGUUAAUGUACGAACACGCUACUAUUCUGUACUAUUUAUCGCGAGAUUUUCAUCUCGAAAUUCGACAUUAUUGUUGAACACGUUUUCUUUUUCUUAUGUUAAUUUUUUUUCCUACGUGUUUCGUGCUGAAAAAUGUUGCGUAUUUGUAAGUUCCACUCCAAUAUGUAAUAUGGACCCCGACGCCUUCGCCAAGCUACGUGACAGCUUCUUGCUCAGUUCACUUGGUUCUGAAAAAUAAAGUUUGAAUUGAAUUGAAUUAAAACAUCUUCCGUAGCGGAGAACGAUGCACUUUAAUAAAAACAAAAAGGGGGGAAAUAAGGCAGUGACAACACGAUCAGAAUCAGGAAUAUCACCUGCCAUGCCAGCUACCUUCGGAUAUUGAAGAAAAAGAAGAAAAAAUAUAAAUGAAUAUUUUUUAAGUAUCGUAUAGCCAUGCAGAAAAAAGAACUAUCCUAUAGACUUAUAUCAUACGCGUGGGCAUUGGAUCACAUCGAAAACGUUCUUUCGCUUUGACCUACUAUGCCUGACGUAACUACACUUUCAAAUAAUCAUUUUUCUGCGCUUUCAGUUCAUGAAUGGAACCGUCUUGUUUGACUUAUUAAUAAUAAUGAUAUUGUACUGUAUACUUUCACAGAUAUGAUGUG